CUUCACUUACCCCGCAUCGUGACGAUACCACGACCUCAUCAUGUCCCGUUUCCCGACUACUACAAACUUCUGAAUGUGACCAAGGCCGCAUCUCAGGACGAGAUCCGAACAGCGUACAAGAAGGAGUCGCUGAGGACUCAUCCUGAUAGGCUGGUCAAUGCAUCCCCGGCGGAGAAGAGGAACGCAACAGAACGAUUCCAAGUGCGCAGCGCAGCCGCCUCAUCUCCACGUCUCCCCUCAGCUCACUAACACGACCUAGGCCGUGGCCGACGCGUACUACGUUCUCUCAGAUCCUACACGCAGGAAAGAAUAUGACACGUUAUACACGAGCCGCGCGGGCGCCAGCCGCAGCGACGACCCCGACGUAUCAGGCAACUUCUUUGAGCAGUUUUCCAACAUGUUCGGGGCCGCGGCAGGGCAGCAGCAGAGGGGUAACGCUGCCCCUCAGCCCGAGGGCAGGCCCGAUGCAGAGUACGUCUUCGCAGAUGUGUUCGAGGAGGUGCGGGACGUGUGAAACAUCGUUCGUGCCAGAGGCUCACAUCGACGCGC